AUGACGGACGACAAAAACAGAAAACCCCUUCUAGAAAUCAAGGGUGCCUAUGAGGGGAGCAUCUCGCUCCUCAGGAGGACGCUGGCUGAGCUGGUGGCUCUCGGUAGCUCCAGGAGCAGAGUAUGCCGCAGCGGGUCUCGUUCUGCCCCAGGCGGGGGGCGGCCCCGCGGGCGGAUGGACUGCGGCGGUGGGGGCGGGGCGUCGGGGGAUGGCGAGGAGGAGGAGGAGGAAGAGGAGGAGCGAGAGGGCUGCACGGCGGCCUCGCAGGGGUCCAGACUGCUCCCCAUCUCGGGCUGCGCCUCAGAACUGACCAAACGGAAGGUGAAGAAGAAAAAGAAGAAGAGGAAGACCAAGGGGUCUGGGAAAGGGGACGAUACACAUCGGGGUCGAGGCCUGAAGACUCAGCAGCUGUCUCCAUCCUUCCGUGACAUUUUAAGUCCCAGCAAAGAUCAUGGCCUGGGGCCAGAGCACGGACAGGACAGGGAUGAAAGCAAGCUCACCCCCUCUUACUCCUCUGCCGUAUGUCUCCCCCGCUUUGCCGAAAUAGAAGAGACCCUUUCCGACCAGAUCAACGAAAGUCUGCGUUGGGAUGGCGUUCUCGCCGAGCCAGAGGCAGAAGAGGAAAGGAUUCGCAUUUACCAGCGGAACCGGAGGAAGCGGUACCGGCUUUGGGCCCUGAAGGGCUUCCACUCUGAACCCCGGUGACGAGGAGGCCCCAGAGAACGCAGCCUACCUCUCUGACCAGAGGGCGGCAGCGGCGGCCGGC